GGAGCCGGUAGGCGGGCGAGCGGAAGGGGGAGGAGAGGAGCCAGCGGAGCCAGUCCGAGGCGGGGGCGGGGGGGGCCCGGAGCCCGGACAAGAGGAGAGACGGAGCUCGGCUCCCGGCCCCGCCAGCUCCACGCCGCCGCCAAGAUGCUCCAGACCUUGUAUGACUAUUUCUGGUGGGAACGGCUGUGGCUGCCUGUGAACUUAACCUGGGCUGAUCUAGAAGACCGGGAUGGACGUGUCUAUGCUAAGGCCUCAGACCUCUACAUCACACUGCCCAUGGCCUUACUCUUCCUCAUCAUUCGAUACUUCUUUGAACUUUAUGUGGCUACACCACUGGCCACCCUCCUGAAUGUAAAGGAGAAAACUCGGCUGCGGGCAUCUCACAACCCCACCCUGGAGCACUUUUACCUGACCAGUGGCAAGCAGCCUAAGCAGGUGGAGGUUGAGAUUUUGUCACUGCAGAGUGGGCUCUCUGGCCGCCAGAUAGAGCGCUGGUUCCGCCGCCGCCGCAACCAGGACCGGCCUAGUCUCCUCAAGAAGUUCCGAGAAGCCAGCUGGAGAUUCACAUUUUACCUGAUUGCUUUCAUUGCGGGCAUGGCUGUCAUUAUGGAUAAACCCUGGUUUUAUGAUUUGAAGAAAGUUUGGGAGGGGUAUCCCAUACAGAGCAUCAUCCCUUCCCAGUACUGGUACUACAUGAUUGAACUUUCCUUCUACUGGUCCCUGCUCUUCAGCAUUGCUUCUGACGUCAAACGAAAGGAUUUUAAGGAACAGGUCAUCCAUCAUGUGACCACCAUCAUCCUCAUCAGCUUCUCCUGGUUUGCCAACUAUAUACGGGCAGGGACUCUCAUCAUGGCUCUGCAUGACUCUUCUGACUACCUGCUUGAGUCAGCCAAGAUGUUUAACUAUGCGGGAUGGAAGAACACCUGCAACAAUAUCUUCAUCAUCUUCGCCAUCGUUUUCAUCAUCACUCGACUGGUCAUCCUACCCUUCUGGAUCCUGCACUGCACCUUGGUGUACCCACUGGAGCUCUAUCCUGCCUUCUUUGGCUAUUACUUCUUCAAUUCCAUGAUGGGAGUGCUACAGCUGCUGCAUUUCUUCUGGGCCUACCUCAUUUUGCGCAUGGCCCACAAGUUCAUAACUGGAAAGCUGGUAGAAGAUGAACGCAGCGACCGGGAAGAAACAGAGAGCUCAGAGGGGGAAGAGGCUGCAGCUGGGGGUGGGACCAAGAGCCGGCCCCUAGCCAAUGGCCACCCCCUCCACAAUAACAACCAUCCUAAGAAGGACUGAACCAUUGUCCCUGCUGCUCCUCAGACUGAUGCAUAAAGCCAAGAAACUACCCCCCUUUCCACAGGGUCACUUUAAGCUCUGGGGAGAAAGGAGAAGUGGGAGAGUUCUUUGUACCCUCCCUCUGUGCUUCUUUGUCACCCAGUUGCCUUUAAACCAAAUUUUAACCUAUUCUUUCCUCAGGUAGAGGGGAGGUAGGUUAUAUUGUUUGUUAGAGGGGGAUGGUCUUACUUUCCUCUCUCUCCUCCAAGUUGUCCUUUCUAUUCCUUUUUGAGAUCCUUCCUCAGCUCUGGGAUAGGGGUUACAAUUCACAUUCUUUAUACUUCAGAAUUUGGCCAUACCUAUUUGCCUUUGACUCCCUGAUCUCUGGAGCCAGGGUCGUGCCUUAUUGUCCCAUCUGUGGGCCGCAUUCUGCCAAAGUUGGACCAAAGCUCACCUUUAAACCAAAGUUGAGCUGCCUUUAACCUUUUCCUUCCUGAGACAAACGGAUUGAGUGUAGGAGGGUGCUUAUGACCCUUACCCUACCUCUGCCAAAAAGUAGGGGCUAUCUUGGGGACUGCUCAGAUGGUUCUUUGUCUAAUUACUUUUCUGCCAGCUGUUCCUGUAGCCACAGGUCCAAGAUCCAGCUGCCUCUUUUAUCUGGCCUCACCCCUUUCUUCCCUUCAGCUAGGCUAGCUGGUUUGGAGUAGAAUGGCAACUAGUUUUAAUUUUUAUUUAUUAAACAUUUGAGGUUUUGGCUUUAAAGCCAGAAUUACAGCUAGCACCUGAUAUUUCAGCAGAGGGACCAUUUCAGACCAAAAUAUACUGUUAAUGGUUUUCUUUUUUUUAAUUAAAAUAUAUUAAGUAAAACAUGGU